UUCUACAUAACAAAAAAUUAAAGCUAUAACUUAUUCCCUUUUCAUCUAAAAACGAAAAAAAAAAUAGAUGACGUGCUAGCAGCAUUACAUAACUUAUAAGAAGCAGCCUUGGAACUGAUGUCUCAGUAACCUUAAUUAGUUGUAUAAAUACAAAAACCUAUACAAACAACGUACACAAUAGCGAAGUUGGCGCCUCUAACUAGAAAAAAGAUGGUUCAUUAAAAAAAUCAAGAAGCAAAUAAGCAACAAGAAAUACAAAUACAAGCUUUACCACCACAAAUGACGAAUGGUAUUGGAAGUCAAUAAAUUUGUCUAAAAAAAACAAAAACACGUAAUAAAAAAAUUAACAACAUUCCGUUGUGUGGUCUCUGUACUGUUUGUUGUUAUUUUGUCGUUAAAAGAUAAAUAGAAAAUACAUACGUACGUACGAGUAUUACAGAAACAUACACACAGCGAACAUAUCAACAAAAGGGCAGUAGCACUGCAAAAUGCCAAAUAGCCGGCGGCACCUACAGCAGAUACAAAAAUGUCAUCGAAAUUACCAGCACAAUCAACCUCGGCAGCAAUCACAAUUACAACAACAACGGCAGCAGCAGCAGCAGCAGCAUUCACUUUCGGCCAAAUACCACCUCAGACGUUACCACGACCGACUUCAAUUAGCUACAGCAAUCGCAAUUAUUUUACUCAACAUUGCAGCUGAGCACAGCUGUAUUACAGCGGUUGCCACACAAAUGGCCACUGCAACCGCAGCCACAGCUGAUGUUUCGGAUGCUGCGCUAAUGGAUGACAUUAGAAGUGUGCAUAAUAACGAAUUUGGUGGUAAUCAAAAUGAUGUUGCUGGCGAAAUGGAAGGCGGAAGUUAUACGACCACUGGCACGGGCAGCCAGCACAGUGGAACACAACAACAUCGCAAUGGAUUGCAUAAAACAUUUUCAACAUUAGAUAAAGAAGUAGUUGAUCGUUUAAUUAAACAAUGGGCACCAAUUGUAUGGUUGGCACCAGAAGAGAAAUUUUUGCCACUCGGAGUUGAAGAGUUUCUCAAUCAUGUACAUCCCAUGGAUAAGGAUAAAACGUUUAUACCUGGCAUGCCAAUUGGCGAUGAUUCGAAAAAGGCAUAUUUAGUGACCAAUGCAGAGAUCGAGGAACUAUUGGAAAAUGAAAAUUCAUUUAUCUAUGGACGUAACCCGACUGAAUCGCCUGUGCCGAUUUAUGCUGUGGUCACCCUUUGCCACGAGCCGAUGCAGAAGACUACAUUGAAGCCAUCACCUCUACCAACGCCACAACCGUCACAAUUGAAUACUGCUCAACAAAAAAACCGAAUACUUACAAGUCCAUCGAAUUUCAAUCCCAGUGGUAGCGCAACAACUAAUUACCACAACUCUCCGCUGCCACUUGGGGCAGCAAUCCCAAUGAGUAGCACACGCGGUCCUUAUAUACCCGUUUCUAUUGAUCCAUUUGAUGUGCAUAAUGACACAGUGCGUCGUUCAUCACGCCUGUAUCCAGUUUUCAAACGUGUUCGCCGAAAUACUCCACAUCACAAUUUACCAUUGGCUCCACCACUUCCUGCCUCGCCGCCGGCAAUUAUAUUCAAUUUACCACCGAAGGGAUUAGUGGUGGAGCCUUAUGAAGAUCUUGUGUUGAGCGAGAGUCGUCCGAUUGACGCUGAGAAUGAAAAUCAUGCCGGCGCAGAAAUACCAACCACAGAUUCGCCAGCGCAAGCGGACAACAGCGGACAAGUGAAUAAUUUUAUAGCCAAUUUGGCAGAUAAUGUAAAAUUUAGUAUGCCAACCGAAGAGCUAUUGGAGGAUAAUAACAUCGAUAUAGACAGCAACUUCGAUCGACUUGCUACACCGGGUCCUAUUUUUAAUGAUGCUGGUGGCCAAAGCAGUGAAAAGCGGCGUAGAAAAGUGCCUAGUUUUCAUGUGACCUACUGGAUGUUUUACCCAUAUAGUCAGGGCAAAACAAUGUGCACUAUCAGCCUGGGACCACUCGGUAGCAUACCAUUUCCGGCAGUUUAUGGUUUCUGUUUGGGACGCCGCAAAGAUAUUGGCAGUCACAUUGGCGACUGGGAACAUAUGAGUUUAUAUUUCACAGGUGAUGCUGAACCAGAAGCAAUGUAUGUUUCGGCUCAUGAUGCGGGCGCAUAUUACUCAUACAAUCGCUUAACCGGAUCAUUUGAGUUUAAGAAACAAGAAACACGCAAGGGAAUAUUACAAAGACCGAAUUUUCCGAAAACUGUGACCACUUUCAAUAACCAUCCAGUAUUAUUCGCGGCAAAAGGUUCCCACGGUCUUUGGACGGCGCCAGGAAAACAUAGAUUUGUCAAAGUAGCACGACUGUAUGACAUAAACGGCUUUGGAACACCAUGGAAUACAUGGAAAUCGGUGGAUAUAACUUAUGAAAACCUAAAAUCCUAUGGACGCGCUCUGGUGCCAUCGUGGCUAUCAUUCAAGGGUAAAUGGGGCAACCCUAAAAGCAAAUGUCAUCCAUUCCGACGGAUCGGUUUGAAUUUUUGCGAGUACACCGAUGGUCCGACGGGUAUACCAUUAAAAGAGCCGCAUUUCCAGUGUGACGCAGCUUGAUUUAAUGGAUGUUUAUUUACAUUUAAGCGCUAGACUAGUUAAUUUUAAUAUUUAUUGCAAAAAUGUAUUAUCAUUAAUAAAAUAUAAGAAUUAAGUGUAAAACUUGCAGUCUUAGAGUAUUUUAUGA